GACCGUCAGUAGCGCGCCGCCGGCCGGCACGAACGUACGUGUGUAGGGUGGUUCUCUCGCCGUUCUCUCGGGCACAUGUGUGGAAAUUUCGGUAUGUUGAUGUCGUGAAUCGGAAAGAUGGACUUUCAGAGUGCUAUGGAGACAUUCGCAGAGGCAUGGGCUGCGGCCAACACGGCUAAAUCGGAAGCCCCGAGCGAUCUUUCACAGAGUCUAUCAUCAGAAAUCCGUCGCAGCAAGACGCCGCCGCGCCGUUCGCCAGAGGAGCGCGCGGUGCCUCGCCCGCCCUCCGCGCCCGUGCACCAUGAGCGGCCCUUGCACACGCCGCAUCUGUCGCCGAAGAAGGAGGCAUUCAAUAACAUACUGAAUAAAGGCAUUACUGGCAAAACCCUACCAGUUCAUUGCGUGGUGGAAGCAGUGUCCUCACUAGAAGAGGGAGCGUGGCGCCGCCGGGCGGUGGUCGAAACAGAUAGCUACGUCAUCAUCCCUGCUGCUACCGCCUUUCAUGAGCUGGUGCCUGCUGCUAUGAUGCGGCUUGGGUACCCUCAUGAACUGGCUGCAUCUGCUAAAGGAUCCGUAGUCAUAAACAACUGGAAGCCACUGCCCUUCGAGCGCAUAUCAGACGGGCCACUUGCGACCGUAGGAGAGGUGUUGGGUGAACUGACAACGGUGGCGACCCUCAGGAUCCAGCUGCUGCGACCACGGCCGACCCCACUGCAGGACAUUAAGGACAAGCUGCUAAGAUUACUGCUGGUGCAGAGCAGACCCUUGCUGAUGUCCACUGGGUGUCCGUUGGAUGAGGUGACAUUGGCGCAGAUAUGCAGAGGACAAGACAGAACACCAGGGCCACACAAUUUACACGAACCCACAGAAGAGACUCGUCGCAAAUUCGAAUCUUGGUGGAGUGCACAAGUGUCUCCUCGCCCCCCGCCCUUCAGUCCUCGGCGAUAUCCUUCACCAGGACCAAAAAACAGAUCUCCAACCCUAAAUGCAAUGCCGGAACAUUUACACCCAGCUCUUCAAACUGUUCAAAGUCAAUAUCCAACUCAAAAAACUAGAAUGAGAACGAGUUUCGAUCCAGAGCUAGAAUUACCAAAACUGCAACGUUGGUUCGCUGAAAAUCAGCAUCCCAGCAGACAACAAAUACAACAAUAUGUCCGGGAAUUGAAUAAUCUGGAAUCAAGAAGAGGCCGAAAACCGUUGGACAUUAAUAAUGUCGUAUACUGGUUCAAAAACGCAAGAGCUGCACAAAAGAGAGCCGAAUUGCGCAAUAUAGGUGGAUUAGGAGGGCACCUUGGCAUUAAUGGCUUCAAUAGUAGAAGUCACAGUCCUUCAAAUGGAUCGCUAUUGACUGGCAAUGAUAAUUAUUCACCCCACGAUCAUAAUAAUUUAUUAAAGAGUCCCAUGCAGCUCUCUGGAAGCCCUGGGCGUUACCCAAUGUCAGUAAUGUCUGAAGACAAUUUGUCUAAUGCUGGGUCGGAUCUGGAAGAUGACGGCGUUGAUAUGAAUACUGAUGAAAGACCUGAUAGCCCGGACGCUCCACUAUCACUCAUAACUACUAGAAAAAAUAAUAAUGAAAAUGAAAAAGAGGAAGUAUCUAAGGAAUCACCAAAGCCUCCAGAUAUAAUAAAGGUACAUGACAUCAAACAAGAGCCACGAGAUUUAUCAAAAUCUGAGCAGAUGCAAUCACCACAACGAUCGCCUGCAAAAAACAGUGACAGUUCGCACAACAAUAACAACAACAACAAUGAUGACGAAAAUGGGGUCGGCGACGAGCAGGACCUCGCGUCUGAUGAUGAAGUAGUUCAAGAACGUCAUUACAGACCUGCAUCUCCACACCUCGAUCGCUUACCGUUUCCCAUGGUCCCCAACCACCCAAUGUUCAGCCACGGGAUUAUGUAUAUGAGCCAAUACAUGAGUGGCUUUCCUGGAGUUGGACCGGUUCCUGGCGAAGGCGCUAGUGGAUUGAACCUCGCUUUAGCGGGAGCUUCUGACGAACGCCGCAAACGCAAUCGGACCUUCAUAGACCCCGUCUCUGAGGUCCCUGUUCUAGAACAGUGGUUCUCCAUGAACACGCACCCGUCACACAACUUGAUUCUUAAAUAUACCGAGGAGUUAAACAGGAUGCCCUAUAGGCAGAAAUUUCCGAGGCUCGAAUCGAAAAAUGUUCAGUUUUGGUUCAAGAAUCGCCGGGCUAAAUGCAAGCGUUUGAAGAUGUCACUGUACGAGCCGACUUCACCGGGACAUUAUGGGCAUCCGGGACACCCACACGCUAUCGCGGAAAGGAAAAUGGUCUGAACCAAUAUGAUUGUAUAGAAAAUUGUUUGACUAUUCAAUGUUAGCCAAUAACCGUGACAUCAUUUUAGAAAGACUGAAGAACCGUUGAUGGUGUGUAGUGCCAUGUUAGUAUUAAUGAAUGUCGCAUCUGUGCAUCCUGUAACGUAUUACAGAAGUCUUUAAAACAUAGGUAUUUAGUAACCGUAAGCUAUAUUGCUUCUUAGAAAAUAUUGAAAAUCAUAUUAUGGAAAUUAAUAUUGAUAUUUAAGUACUUCGUACUCAAUGUGAAAAUCAUUUUCCCUUCGUCACAUCAUAAUUAUGAAUUUGAAUCUCAAAAUAUAUUAUGUACUAUAAUAUUAUCUCGCGUUUGUAUAUAAGUAGCAUACUUUUUAUUUAUUAAAGUUAUAGAAAUUGUAAAACAUAGUAUCUAAAAGGUGGAUAAUCUCAUCAUUUUGUGCUUAUGUAGUUGGUACUUAUCUAGGUGAACAUAAAAAUAAUUAUAAAAAAAAUGUAUAGAAAAUAAUGAGUCAAUAAGAUAUGCUUUAGAAUUAUAUCGCACAUAACUGUAUAUUAUGUUCUAUAUUAUAGUAUAAUUGACUUUCUUGUUCGUUAGUGUCUACAAAGUUAUAGAAUACGCACAUUCCUUAUUUUUGUUAAGUAAUACUCAAUCCAAAGAUUGAUUAGAAUAAAGUGUACUAAACCAAACUCAUACCCAUAGAUACUUGUCUUACCGGCCCAAAUAAUAAAAAGUAGCAAAGACCUGUACAUUAUAUGCAAUAUACGCUUAAAAUUGACAAAAAUGUAACCUAGUCUGUUCCAAGUAUAAAGUGUACUUUUCCGUAGCAUUCAAAUAAGAAAUACAUCAAUUAAUUAUUUUAAAGUGAGACAAGUUAUGAACUGUUACAGUAUUUACGCAUUUAUAAAACGAGGCUGUUUUUUCGCGCAGUUUCAUAAAAUAUUGUUUUAUAGUUUUAAAAGAAAUAGAAGUAAAAAUUUAAAUUGUUUUGUUAUUUCGAUGUUAUGCUUGUUUUGUGAAGCUGUGAUGGUAUUUCCAAAUAAUUGUAAAUAUUUUAUUAAUGUUAUAAGAUUAUUGUAAAGCUACGUCAUUAGGCUCACAACAAAAGCAUUUAUGGCUUGUAUAAUUGAGUAAUAUCGGCUAAAUGUUUAUUCCAUUCAAUUAUAUAAACGAAAGGUUUAUUGAAUAUAUUACGUAUGAUACU